AUGGACAAGCAGACGCCAAUGAAGGCUGUCGACGCGGGCGCCUUGGCGCUGCCACGUCAUGCACUCGACGCGCCAUUGGCUGCGCAACAAACACUCUGGAUGGCGCCCUCGGCCUUUCGCAACAGCACCGGCCGCACGUCUGCAUCGUACUCAUGGACGGACUAUCACAACGAAGCGACGGUGCUGACAGCCCUGCCGACCUUUCGUUCUAUUCGCAUCCGGCAUCUUGGCGGUCACGACGAGGAGCUUCGCGACUUGGGCAACAACGAACGCGAGGUCACCUCUGUCGCAUUCGCCGCCAAGCGGGGUCACAAGGUUACACGCAUCGACGUGACGCCGUGGCUCGAAGUCCGUCAUAACACUGCACUCACGCGUGUCUGUGGUCUCUGCACGGGUCUUGUCUCGCUCGCCGCGACCGUCACGAUCGAGUCGGACGCAACGAUCCUCACAGCGGUCAUCCAUGCGGCGCGCCACGUCAAGCCGCAUCGAAUGGGCUUUUUUCGGUUCACAUGCGACGACGACGUCGAUAUGGGCCAUUGCUUCGCUGCUACGACGUCGCUUACGAGCCUCAAGCUACAAGACUCGCCUCGUGUCAUCGAAGGGCUCGUCGCUGCCAGCGUGCCACUCCCCAACAUCACGGAGCUCCGUUUACACUCAUCACAUGCCGAUAUCCUCAAAGACAUUGUGACGCAACGAAUCAAUCAUCCGCGUCUUCGAGUCCUUGAGCUUGCGGCCAACUAUGACGCCGACGCAACAUUUGCCUUGGCGCUACUGCCGCAGUUGAGUGCUCUGGAAGAGCUCUUGUUCGACCUCUGUACGUAA